CCUCGAGUCACUCCUCGCUUUCAUCCUCUGCCUUUUGUUUCCAUCCUGCCAAGUCGGUCCUUCAGCUCGUGAGAGAGACUGCAUCGUUUGUGCUCACAGUGGUACUUUCCUGCUUGCAAAGCUAUAAUACGAUUCUUUAUCAUUGAAUGGAGGCAUCAGCACCCUCGGGUGGUAUGGUGACCUCGUACACGUACGUGGACACGCCCAACCCAAAUCUUGUGUGCUGCAUAUGCAGGACCCCCUUUCUCGACCCAUGCACGACCCGCACAUGUUGUCACACAUUCUGCUAUGAGUGUAUUGCCCGCGCCAUCGCAAUCUCUCGCCAGUGUCCCAUCGACAGAUGUCCUCUCUCGCUUCUUGACCUCGGGCCCGCAGACCCUCUCAUUCGCAACCUGGUUGACGAGAUGGUUGUUGAAUGUCCACAGCGCCCCGCGGGCUGUACAUACACAUGCCAGAGGCUAUUACUUCCAGCUCACAUCAGUGAUUCCUGCGAAUAUGUAGAGGUUGCAUGUUCGCACAAAGGAUGUGGUAAACAAGUCCUACGCAGAGAUUUCACACGCCAUCGCCACAACGAUGAGUCCAAAGAUGAAGAGCCAGCUGCGUCAGGGCAUGGCCUGGAAGCCAACCAUGAGCAAGAGGCCACAGGAAGCACGUCUCCAUCGAGCACCAGCAAUUCCGUACAAUUAGAGGACCCUCUAAGAGUGGAAAAUGCGCUCCUAAAACAUCGCAUAUCCGCGCUGGAAGGGGUUGUCAACAUUUUAAGACAUGAGAUGCAAGCGGUCAAGCAUGCUCUCGGACCUUGGUACAGUGAAGACGAUGCUGGUUUCAACUCGGUUGCUCCCGGUUCUGGGAUAAGCAGGGAU